GAUUCUCUCGGGGGCGCCCACGGUAAACGAAACCCGCAGGAAAAACCGCAGGCAUUGCCACAGCAGAAGCAGCCUGCCGCUCCGACGCCGCAUUCCUUCCCGAGUACUCUUCCUUCCUUCCCCUUCCGCUUCGCCCCACUCCGAUUCCCAAUUUCCCCAAACCCCCAAAAUUCGAAACGCGCGCCUCCCCGUCCCCCCCUCGCCUUCCCCCCGCGCCGCCCAUGCCGUCCUCCAAGCGGCCGUCGCGCGCCGCGAUGGACGACGACGCCGCCGCCGCCGACGGCCUCCACCCAUCCUCGCCCCGCUCCAAGAAGCGCUCGUCCCGCUCCAAGGCCCGCUCCGGCGACCGCCGCUCGCCGAACCCUAACCCUAGGCGCCGCGCCGACUACCACGGCUCGGAGCCCUCCCGCAAGAGCGAGCGCAAGCGCAAGCCGCGCUCCUUCCCGGACUCCGCGCCGCUCGCGCUGGCCGUCGCCGCGCCCGCCUCUUCCUCCGUCGGCGGCCACGGCGCCGCCCAGAAGCUGUGGACCGAGGCCGACGAGGUCGCGCUGCUCAACGGCGCCAUCUCCUUCCGGGCGCGCAACGGCGGGCCCCCGCGGCUCCCCGACAUGGGGGCGCUUUUCGAGUCCAUCAGGAACUCGCUCUCGCCGCACCUUGACCAGGCCAAGAUGUAUUACAAGCUCAAGCGGCUUAAGAGCAAGUUCUUUAACUCGGCCCCGGCGGGCACCAGCAACCCGCACGAGCUCCUGGUGCGCGGUCUCUCCGCUGACCUUUGGGACACCGAGCUCGCACCUCCAGUAGAGGAUGACGUGGUUGCUGAGGAGGAGGAGGACCCUGAGGAGGGAUACACUGGUGCGGAUGUGGUGGGGGCUGCGAGCUUGCCUCUGGUGAGCGGGCUGCUUGGUGAAUACUGGAGGAGGAACGGGAGCGCCCUGUCAGGGGUGUCGCUGGAGAAGGGUCUGGCGCUGCUUGGGGCAGAAGAAGGCAGGGUAGCUGAGGCCAAGUGGAGGCGUCAGCUUGAUGCAGAGAUGCGCACACAGGUCCGCCGGCAUGAUUUGGCGAAGGAGGUAUUCGGCUUGCUCAUCGACGCCGUCAAAGGCCUAGGGCCUUAACUGGGGGUGCGUUUGGUGGAGUAAAUAGCUGGAUACGUAGGUACAAUGUCUAUUUUGUAGGCUGAUCAACUGUUGCGUACUUGGUUGCCGACCACGAGGCCCUAACACGGUGUCUGCUGUCUCAAUUCAUGCCUAGUUAAGUGAAACUAGUUACCAUUUUGCAGGACAUGACAGUUAUUUUGCUAAUCUGCUCGCCUGAUGUUCUUGAUAUGCUAAGGAAGCUUGGUACACGAGCUGUCAUAUUAAUGUUACAUACGCUGUAAAUCAUUUGCUAACUAUUGUUGCGAUGAUGCUAGAUGUGUUUGGAGUGCAAGGAUGUGGCAUAUUGGUAUCGCUGUUUGAUUACCAACCGUCUGGACU